GCGGAAGUAGCAGGAGUGUCUGUGAGCAUGCGCAGCUCGCUCAGCUGUGGCAACGCAGAAGGAAACUCGGAGCCGGUUUUAUCUUCACAUUUUGUUCGUCCUUGGUAAAACACGAUGGCCGGUACCGCGCUGAAGAGACUCAUGGCGGAGUAUAAACAGCUGACCCUGAAUCCACCUGAGGGGAUCGUUGCAGGGCCAGCCAAUGAGGAGAACUUCUUUGAGUGGGAGGCGCUGAUCAUGGGUCCUCAGGACACAUGUUUUGAAGGUGGCGUGUUUCCAGCGGUCCUCAGUUUUCCGUCUGAUUAUCCUCUCAGUCCUCCGAAGAUGAGGUUCACCUGCGACAUGUUUCAUCCUAACAUUUACCCGGAUGGUCGGGUGUGUAUCUCCAUCCUCCACGCUCCAGGUGAUGACCCAAUGGGAUACGAGAGCAGUGCAGAGAGGUGGAGUCCGGUCCAGAGUGUGGAGAAGAUCCUGCUCUCAGUGGUCAGCAUGUUGGCAGAGCCGAACGACGAGAGUGGAGCGAACGUCGACGCCUCUAAAAUGUGGCGCGAGGACCGAGAGCAGUUUUACAAACUUGCCCAGAAAAUCGUACGCAAGUCCCUGGGCCUUUAGAGAUGAUGUCGUCACCCUGCAACAAUGAUGUCAGACUCGGGUGACAAACGAUUCUCCUUCUUUUCACCAUGGAAACCAACACACACACACACACACACAAACAAACACACACACACACACACACACACACACACACACACACACACACACACACAGAGUGCUGCUGACACGGACAGAUUGAAUAACUGAUGACGGACGAGUGGAAGUCGAUCAGAGCGAACAAUUUUUUUGCUAAAUUUUACAAAUAUGCAAAACUACAAAACAGACGCUUUUGAUUUUUUGACGUGACAUCACCGUGACAACCAGACCACGUGACAUGUGACCUCCGGUUGAUGAUGUCACCACCACCUCACACCUUGACACAACAUGGAUCAUUAAUAAUUCAUAUUCAAUAUCUGAACUUAUGUCAUGUGACCUCUCCACCAGUGUCGUCCAGCUACUGAUUGGAUAUUUGAUCAUCAUCAUAACUAAUGAUGAUCAUAUUUCAUCAUUUCAGACACGGAUUAGUGCUGCGACUAAAGAUGAUUUAUAAUUAUUUGCCUAUUAAGUUUAUUCGAUUAUCAAUUAAAUUAUUUCAUCGAAUGUUCGUCAACGACAUUAGAAAUUAUCAUCGAUAAUAUAAGUUUGAAUUUAUCAGUUCCAGAAAAUUUCUGAUGAAUUCUUCUGUUGAUCUCUUGGUUCUAGUCUCAGAGCUGCUGAGUCAAGUUCAGGUGAACGUGAUGUUCUCUCAUCUUUAUAAAGGGUCAGAAUUCAGGGUCGGAGUGAGUCAUGGCUCGUUGUCUUCAGAAGCUCGUGGGACUUACGCACUUUAUCUCUUCUCUUGGUCUGGAGACGUCAGGACUUUACUGACGAUGAGUCGCUCCGACUGGCUUUAUCCUCAUCUUAUUUGAAUGCGUUUUGAUGUUCAUCUUGUUUGUUGAAGUGACUCGGACGAUGACGUUUUGUUGUGAAAAGUUAUAAUUUGUCUUUUGCUUUAAAAAGUAUAAGAAUAAAUCAUGGGAAGCCAAA